AUGGAGCUGAGGCGCUAUUCCCUGUAUAAGCUGCUCAAGUGGUACCUCACAACGAUCGGCAUGCAAGACGAGGCUAGCUUGCAGCAGCUUGUACAACACAUUACCCGCGGGGAUUUGUGGUCGAAGUACGUGGCCACGGUGAAGAAGGGUCAGGUCGAGCUGAAUGGAUCCAUCCAUUACACAACAGUCGAACAACUAGACGGCUCGUAUAUUGUGUCCUAUCUCAAGGACAGUCAAUGUGAAAACGUGUACAGUGUGCGUCUGCUGCAUCGUCGGUGGCAGCUGCAGCACCAUCCAUUGUACAAUGUAGCCUACAAUCGCGCGUGGAAUAUAUGCCCGGUGCCAACGCCAGUAUCGACAAUUCAAAUCGCAAACAUUCACGCAAACGUACACACGCCCACGGUGUUGACUCGGUCAUUCAUUGAAAUGGCUGUUCCGGAGGGGCAGAAGGAGCGCUACUCGCGCCUUCAAGAUCGCUUCAAAGAAGUCACAGCUGUUGCUGUUCGUACCGAUGCGUCGUAUAAGUACGCCAUGUUGUACUUGAACGAUCUCCUCAGCAAACUUUCAACUUGA